GCAAAAUAUCACGAUGGGUGAAUAUGGAAAACGACUCUAUCAAUAUUUAAAAACUUUGGCAGUUACAAACCCAAUGAGUGGAGAUUUAAAAAAACUUAUCAAAGAAAACAUGUUCGAUAAACCCAACACUGCCGGGUUUAUCCACGUGUCUCACUAUCUCUUAACAAUUUAUGAUAAAGAGAAAUUCCAUCAGUCAGUCGACUGGCCCAUAUUAGACAAGUCUGGAGAAGCUAAAUACCGUACACAAGUAAAAGCUUUAUUGCCCAUAAUAUUCGCCGAAAAUCAAGGGUUUGAAUGGACACCGGUCACGGCCACACAUUUGCAUACCGCACAUGGGGAAAAAUUUACCCGACUCAUGUUCGAUCUUGCCCUGCUUGCUUCUAAAGCUUUUGUUGAACGUAAUUCUGGUGAAAAAAUGUUGAGUCGUCCAACUGCCAAUGACCCUCUUACCCGGGCUUUGUUUACAAACACUGCAGCUAAAAUUAAUCAGGAAAUUGCUGAGACGCAGAAGGACUAUGAUGAGACAACUAAUAGAGCCAAAGCUCAUAUUGAAAAAACCAUUGAGGAAAUUAAUGACUUCAAUGCGAAAAUAUUUGAAGCAAAAGAAGAAUUGUCUAAAGUCGUAGAAACUUGUCACGGUGAUGCUGAGUUUAAAAAACGUCUCCUAGAUGUUGAUGAUGAAGCAGUAAUCAAAGAAUGGAAGGAACAUAAAAACACCAGAUUUCUUUUACUUAAAGAGAAAGUAGCCAAGAAAAAAGAAUUGGCGAAUAAAUUUGUCGAGGUUGACGAUCUAGUAAAAAGUAUUUACGGCGAAGACAAGAAAAUACUCGACGGUAAUGCUCUGGCUAAAGUGAACAUCGAUAACCUGAUGAAGUAUCCAUUGGACCCCGAGUCUAAGGUCGCCUUACAUAAUUUGUAUGACGAAGAUGGCGAGCUCGUUUUGAAGAACAUGUUGAUCGUUUUGAAAGCGAUGCUGGAGUACUACGCGAAUAAUUUAAAGGAUGAAGAUUUUUUCACUGACGAGGACCUGCAGGAUGUGAAAACAGGGCUGGAAAAUUUGCGAGCUAUUUCUGAUGAACUGAAUAAUAUUAGUAACAAAAUAAACCAACUAUCAGAAUCUUUACCGAAAGAUGAACCGGAACCAGUAGAGUAUAGAUCUCGUUUAAUUGAUAAAUCAUUGGAUCUAGGUGUCCUGAGAUCUCCAGUCGUGAGCUUCGAUCCAAAUGAUCAAAUAGAUAACUACUCUGAGCAACGUCUCACCCUCACUCCAACAGAAUUACCUGCUAAAUUAUUGUCUACUAGAUACGGCAAGAAGGAAUUAGUUGGGAGUUCCGUUGAAAAAAAACCGAGUGUCCCUAAAAUAAAUUUUGAUGAUUCAUUUAAUUUACCCAGUGAGAAAACGAAGGUACCGCCGGUGGAAAAGAGCAAGCUUAAGAAGCAUCGGGUUCCUGACAGUAUCAUGCGUUUAUUUACUGGACGGACGUGUAACAUCUCGAGUCUUCCAAGCAAAAGAGCUGAUGACAGUUUCAGUUCUCCUAAAGUGGGAACAAAUAAAAAAGAAUGUCCAGUUACUGUCACUCGGCCGCUACAAGAAGUUGCUGAGGAAAGUUCUGAGGCAAAAAGAAAUGGAGAGGAAACUCAGCCUACGGAGGAAGUCGUUCAGGACUCAGUUGAGCAGCUGCCGGAAGCAGCAGAAAAGACCAAAGUCAAAAGUAGAUCAAAUCGCAGGGACUCAAUUUCUGAUCUCUUGGAGCGAUAUAAGAAAAUUCGUGACCCGGCGAUUACGAAGUAUGAGAUACAAGAGUAAUUAUCAGUAAUUGAUAGUUGUAAUUACUGGCAAGUAAUUGUAAUUACAUGCAGUAAUUAAUGCUGAUGAUUAGUAUUAGAUUUAUAAUUUAGUUGAUGAUUAGUUUUAAAUAUUUAAUUGUGAUACUAGACUUUAGUCUUGUCGAUAUAAUUCGUAUUGACUAAUCCCGUUGACCAGGAUAUUUAUUUAUAUAUAGAAUUUUGUAAGGAUAUAUUAGGAUGAUAAGAGAUUGAUUGAUAGAUCAGUACCAAUCGCUUCUAUGUGAUUUGAUUAAUUAUUAAAAAACGCGAUAGUUUAAGGAUCUAAGAUAAGUGAGUCUGGAAAAAAUAAAAAAAUUUUGUAUUUUGAAAGUAAAGUAUCUUAUUUUCAAAAAUGUUUGAUAAAAUGGUUUUGAAAAAUUACAAAUGCGUGCUAUGAAAUUUGAUCUUGUAACUGCAGUUAAUUGAUAGAAUAAUUAUGGCAGAAAUAUUAUAAUGUAUGAAGUUUAUUACAGAUUGAUUUGUUGUGAGUGUGAAUGUAGCGGAGACAAAUUUAAAAUUAUAAAUAAAUAGAGUAAAUAAUUAUUAAAAUUAAAUUUUGAAAAAAUGCACAUUUGAAGAAUUUUUAAAUUGAUAAGUGCAUUUUUAAAAAAAUUUUUUUUUUUUAAUUAUUUACUUUAUUUAUUUAUAGUUUUAAAUUUGUCUGUCUGCUACAUUGACACUCACAUUUACAAUUAUAAAUAAAUAGGGUAAAUAAUUAAUAAAAUAAAAUUUUAAAA